AUGGACAACAGAGACACCAUGAUGCCGGACGACCACUAUAGCUCCAAACAGGAGAAAACAGAUACAAUCAAGGAGAUGGAUAAAUUCUUGGGUCGGUUCUAUUCGGGACACAGCGAGGAGGAGCUGAGAGCCUUGCACAUCCAGAUAGACGCCAACUGCGAUGGAACCGUGGACUUCAAUGAGCUGCUGGACUUUGAACUGGGGAAACACUUUGCCGCCAAGAACCGGCCCUUUGACAACAUAUUUCCUUUGCCGAUUGAAAUAGUCGACGGAGGGCACCAUAACAAAAUUGUCAAAAUCGUGGCGAGGCUAGCGGAUAUGCCGGAGAAAACAACAAAAGAGGUCCUCGGAAAUACAUAG